UCUUCCGGCUUCAGAGGGCCCCCCUCCGGUCUCCCCCACUGACUCUCCGCGGUCCACGCGUCCGCCGCGUUCUUUCUAUCCGCGCUUGGGAGCUUUCCGCGGCGCUUCCCCCGCGCCUGCGUGAGCCUGUCCCACCUCACGUGCGGGCUCGCGCUCCGGUUUCAGCCCGGCCUGCGGCCCGUGGCGCCACCGGGCCCUUUUCUUCCCGCUCCGCCUGUAGCGCGCGGCGCCCUCACCAUGCUCUUCUACUCCUUUUUCAAGUCCCUUGUGGGCAAGGAUGUGGUCGUGGAACUGAAGAAUGACCUGAGCAUCUGUGGAACCCUCCAUUCUGUGGACCAGUAUCUCAACAUCAAGCUGACUGACAUCAGUGUCACGGACCCUGAGAAAUACCCUCACAUGCUGUCCGUGAAGAACUGCUUCAUCCGAGGCUCCGUGGUCCGCUACGUGCAGCUGCCGGCAGAUGAGGUGGACACACAGCUGCUGCAGGACGCCGCCAGAAAGGAAGCACUGCAGCAGAAGCAGUGACCCUGGCCCUCCACGCCUUCACCUGGGGCCCUGAGCUGCCGUCCCUUUUUCCCCUCGGGGCCCACUCGGUGCUGGAGGGUUUUUUCUUCUUUUUCUUUCUGCAAGGUAUCCGGUGUCUGAGAGGAGUAAGGGACAGCAUCCUCUGUCUUGAGAAGAAGCAGGUGGGAACCACACAGCCUUCCGCCCCAGCUGCCUCUUCGCUCCCUCCCUGAGUGGCCGGAGUGGCCCAGGCUUCCCAGAGCAGCCUGUUACUCAUUUCAGGGGUGGAAGGAAUCUGUCCCGCAUCGGGAAUAAAAUUUAUGCAAAUUUGA